AUGGCCUCGCUCAGCUCAGCCUCCUCGUACCGCACCGAGCGCAUCGGCACCUAUGGCCCGGGGCAUGGCGAACCCCGCUUCGAGGGCGACCGGCGGCACGGGCCCUUCGGGGCACUGGCACAUGAAGCCUUCGGGUUCCCAGGGUCCCCAGGUGCCGUGUGCCCCUGCAGCCUGGGCACCUGGGUGCGUGCCCAGGGUGACACUUACCAGGUGGUGGCCGACGUCAGCCAGUUCGAGCCCCCUGACAUCGUGGUGACGACCUCCAACUGCCACAUUGUCAUCCAGGCUGAGAAGGUGGCCGAGGAUGGCACCAUCUGCGACACCUUCACCCACAAGUGCCAACUGCCCGAGGACAUGGACCCGAUGUCGGUGAGCUGUGCCCUCACCGAGGCUGGCACGUUGGUGAUCACUGCGCGGCGCCAUGCUGGAGCCCGCCCCGGCGAGCCCCCACAGACACUGUACCGCAGUGAGGCCACUCUGUGA